AUGGGGAACGCGAAUUGUAAAAAGCAAAAAGCGAAUAAUGUUGAUGACAACAACAAUUGCAUUGUGGAAAGAAAAACGUCUUCGUCUGAUAUCGAUUGGGAUAUCACCAUGUUCGAAAGGGCGUUUGAUGAGCUUUCCUCUCGCUUUGAAGAGAUCAUUGAGAAGAAUCACAACUUGAGGUCUGUCAUGGGAUGCUCUUUCUUCUCAAAACGUAAAAACUUCGACGUAACGGAAAUUGAGGAAAUUCGCCAAAUAUUUAUUGAAAUGUUGGUUAAAAUAAAAGACAUUGUUGGAGAAAACAAUGAAUUAUAUUCGAUGGUUUUCCCCAACGAUGUCCACCAUUCUAGCCAUAUCGGAAAGAUGGAGUGCGUCCGCCAAGAAAAUAAUCGUUUAGCUAUCACAAUAUCUGAAUUAGAAAGUCGCUGUAAUGCUCUUAAUGAGGAGAUAGCAAAGUUGGAUGAACUGAACGCCGAUCAGCGAGACAAACUAACUGUUCUCAAUGAGGAGAUAGAAAAGUUGAAUGAACUGAAUACCACUCAAAAAGACAAACUAUCUGAUGUUGAGAGUGAGCUACGAUACAUGGGAGAUAAAGCCGAUGACCUCGAUAAAGACAAAUUCGAAUUGGAAUUAAAGCUUGAAGAUGCAACAACACUCUUGAGCGAAAAGGAAUCCGAAGUCAGAGAGUCGGGAAUAAGCUACAAAACAGAACUCAGUGCGAUGAAAAAAAUUGUCGAAGAACUAGAAAACAAAGUAGAGUUAUCUGAAAAAGAAGUAGUGUGUUUACGAGAACAACUUAACAACCAGGGAGCUUUCUCAGAUACUAACACUGAACAACAUCUUUUAACCACACAGUCAUCACUGAGUGUGUUCACAGGACAGCAAACCACAAUGGCUUCCACUGUACCUGGAAAUUGCCACAGCAUUCAACAGCAACUAUUUGCCUCCCAACAAGUGUCUUAUCAGUUCGAAAACACCGUGAAUCAAAUGAAUUCCGUGCAGCAAUCCGUUGUCGUAACAACGUCAGAAAUACGACAGAUCGCGCAGCUAGUCACAACCCAAGAACAGUUGGCAUUUCAUCCACAGUACAAUCCUGAUGUACACUCCUCCCCCAUGUCUACAACCGCUGUGAACGUCGAUCCUAACUACCAUCAUUACUUUGGUGUAGAAAAUGAAAUGAGCAAUGGCUACCAUGGUGAUGGAUACUAUCACCUGUUUUAA